GGAUUACAUCGAAAAAUAAUACAUUAAUUUAAGAACAAGAACUUAAAAAACAGUGCUGUGACAAUGUCUUCCAAAUUCUCCUUUUUGUGGAUUCUGCUGCUGCAACUUCUCAGCCUGGCUCUGGCCGACGUCUCCCACUUGGAAUACUCCAUCACGCCCAGCUCCCAGUUGGCCUACUACCAUUACCCUGCUCCCAGCAGGCAGCAGCAGCCGGCUGUCCAGCGAGUAGUCCAGCAGAGGUACCAACAGGUGGCGGCCAAGCCUCAACCUCAGCAGUAUCACCAGGUGGCUCGUCAGUUUGCUGAACCUGCCCUGGAGCAGGCUGCCUUUACCCAGGCACUUACCAGUCAGGGUUAUGUGUUCGGAGCACCCUCAGCUCCCCUCCAGGUGGCCUCCUCAGCGCCCCAGGCUCAGGCGACAGCUCCAGGCGGUGGAGUGGCCACAGGAAGAGCCUUACCCUCGGCGGCUGUGGAUGCCAAUUCUCUGAAUCUCAAGCUGCCAGUGCCCUUUGGCAUUGCUCCCUUGAAUGUGGCCCAGCUGCCGCUGCAGGCCGGAGCCCCCUAUGCCAGUGUGCCGAGGACCACGGGCCUCACCUCCUAUGGGACACCGCAGAUCCAGAGGCGUUAG